ACGACAGGCGCGAGAGCACGGGCAGCAGCCGCCGGGGAAUGCCCCUUGGGCCGGGCCGAGGCUGCGGCGCGGAGCCCGCGGCCUGCUCCGUGCGACCGAGGCCUCCUCAGCCGCCCCUCUCGCCGCGUAGCCUGCCCCUUCCUCUGCCCGCUGGCCUGGGGGAGGGGAAGGGCCCGGCGGGCCCUCAGGGUGGCUGUGCCAGAGGCUGGAGGGACGCUGGUGAGGAGGAGACCCGGCGGCUGCAAACCCUCCCCUCCUCAGCCCCGAUGUGCUUCUAACCUGCAAAGCCCCCCGUCCCCGACUUUGUUCCGGCAACCUAGCUCUCAUGUUUAAAAGAUGAGAGAAACCUGAAAAAAUGUCAGAAAAUCUCAUAUCCAGCAAGACCUCCUCGAAACGUCCAAAAACCUCAGCAAAGAAACAGAAAGGUGAAAACAAAGCUAAGAAAUCCUCAAAAGGAAAACGAACACCACUUGGUACAAAAGAUGAAGUUGAUCUUUCUAUGGCUAGUAUAGGCCACCCAGAAAUCUUUCCUUUAGUUUUCACUACAAAAACUCAAGAAAUUUUUGAUUGCCGAGUCCUUGAAGAUGUCACAGAAGAAAAUUGUUUCAAACUUAUUAAAAAACAGGACAUCAUUCAGGACCUGAAAACAAGAGCUGCAAUUUCUGAUUUCCACCCUGUUAAAAAAGUUGUCCUAGAAUAUCCAGGGGAAGAACUUUUGGUAGUUUUUGAUGCAAAGUUCCAGUACGGACAGAACUUUUACCUUGUUGCUUCUGAGGAAGCCAAGGAAAACCUUCUGAAGCCUCCAGAAACUACCGAAGAAAAAGAAGAAGAAGAAAAAGAAGAAGAAAAAGAAGAAGAAAAUGGAGAGGCAACCCUGGAAGUCCAUCCUUAUAAGCCUCCUGUCCACAAACCUUGGGUUUCUCUUGGCAGUGAAAAGGAAGUUGAAGAAGAAUCUGUUAAAGCCACUGUUGCAAAGAUUAAGUAUAUGAUUUCUCGAAUACGCAGGAAGUUUGGUGCACCAAUUACAUUUACUGAUAAGAAUGCUUCACAUGUAAAAGACAGUUAUGUUGAAUGCACGUCCUAUCAAGACAAAGCUUUCAGUAUUAGAAUGCUUGAAAAAAAUGUGGGCAUACAAAUGGUUCCAAAAGUAAGAGAAGCUAGUACUCAGACAAAAUGGACCUAUCCAAAAAAUGCAGCCACGCAGUAUUUUCCUAGACAGUUGUCAAAUGAAGAGAAAGAAGAGAGUCUGUCAUCUGAGAAGCUGAAAGAAUUUUUUACAUCAGUACAUUUAAGAAUGGAAAUUGCAUUGCAGCAAAAUGAAAUUAUGAAUGCUUUUUUUGACGACUGGAAGGCCCUAGCAGAAGAUGAAAGCAGUUCUGGUGGCAAGCCAGAUGUUUAUCUUAAAGCAUACCAAUCAUUCACAGAUCUGCUCUAUCUCAAGGACAGAACUAUUAGCUGCGUUUGCUGGCAUCCAACCAUUUAUGGGAUUAUAGCAGUGUCAGCAGGAGACCAACUUUAUUAUGAAGAGCAAGUUAACCUUUCUGAAAAAUCGUUGCUGCAGCAAUCAGUAAUACUUUUUUGGAGUUUUUUUGACCCUAUCCACCCUCAGUUAAUGUUGGAGUGUCCUGAGGACAUUUACUGCUUUCAGUUCAGUCCAAGCGAUCCAAAUAUCAUUGCUGGUGGCUGCAUCAAUGGACAGGUUGUACUGUGGGAUAUUUCUCAACAUGAAGAAAAGCUCCAAAAUGCAAAAACUGAUGAUGAUGCAAUGAAGAUGACAGCGGUUAAUACGCCAUCACUUAUGCAAGUCCAAGACAGUAGCACAGAACCACCUCUAGUGAGAUACUGCGCAGUCUCUUCCAUACAGUAUAGUCAUAAAACACCAGUAACAGAUAUAUAUUGGCUGCCAGAUUAUUCUGAGGACAACCAAACGGGUGCUACUUUUGAAAACAGAGCGGGAGUUCGCGUGCAGCUUGUAACCUGCUCCCCUGAUAGCUCAAUAUUAUUUUGGGAUAUUCCAGCCACCAAAGUUCUUGAACAACCUUCAUCUGAGAAAAUGAGAGAGGAGGAAAUUUUUGAUAUGCCCCUUGAUGUUCCAGAUACUCUUAAUCAUCUAGAUCUCUGCUGGAAACCUCUCAUAAAGAUAAACCUGUGCGAAAGUGAUACCAACACAGAAUACAGUCCCGUCAGAAUUAGUUUAAGGGAACUGCAUUAUCAUUACAAAACCUCAGAGAAGGUGCAAUCUCUGAACACACUGGAAGUCCCUGCCAAAGAGAGCCCAUACACAGAGAUGAGUACUCCUUCGAGCAAAAAUCUGAAAGCACUACAGAAUAUCUCCACCAGCUUUUUUGUCGGAACUGAAGAUGGAGAAAUUGUUUAUUUUGACUGGAAAAUGGAAAUCGAUAGUGACUUGGCAAAACCAGUUAGUCAGAAGCACGCUCAGAAAUACACCACCCACACUGAAACUAUCAACACUCUCCAGAGAUCUCCAUUUUUUAAAGACAUUGUUCUAAGCAUUGGAGGCCGGAAUUUUGCCAUUUGGAAAGAAGGGGUUACAACCGGCCCGAUCCUUCAGUCAAGCUGCUCUGCAGGAAGAUACACUGCAGGACAAUGGUCCUUAACAAGACCGGGAGUUUUCUUCAUUGGCAGAGACGAUGGAAAUAUAGAUAUUUGGGACUUACUGAAGAAAACUUAUGAACCAUCUCAUUUCCAGAACAUCUCUGAAUCAAGGAUCACUUUCAUCAGCCCGUGUACUGCCUCACCAAAUCAGCAUUUAGCUGUUUCUGAUGAUCUUGGAGUACUGCAUGUUUUGGAAAUCUGUCAGACACUAAGUGAGGCUUUGAGGAAUGAGCAUGCCAACGUACUUGAUUAUUUUGAAAGAGAAGUCAAAUAUCUGAAGUACUGUGAAAAAGAGUUUCAAGAGUAUCAAGAGUUUCGAGCCAAAACAGAAUUGAAGUGGAGCUGGAGGCACCAAGGAAGAAAACAUGAAUGACUGCUCUACAGAAAACAAAAGAAGAUAUGGAGGAGCAAGAAAAUGCAGACUAUAUGGUGUUUCUGGACCUGGAGAAGCAGAUACUAACGGAUUUAGGACUAGUAAAGGGAGAAGAAAUACUUUCCUCAUCAGAUGCUUAAAGAUCAUUAUCACCUUUAGAACCAGAAGAAGUUUUUUAUUUCAGGACCUCUUUAUUUCAGCAGAACAUGUUUAGCUUCAGAAAUAAAGCGUCUCGCAGUUAGA